GACAAAAUGGCAACAACUUCAGCUCACGCUUCGUCUACGUGCAGAGCAGCAGCCAGAAGAAGGCAAGCGAAAACACGCCAUUGGACCCGUGAAGAGACCGUGAAUUUGAUAUCUGUUUGGGCUGAGCCACGUUAUCAAAGGCAGUUUGAGUCGUUGGUGCAUAACCACACGGUGUGGGAGAAAAUAUAUGAAGAGCUUGUGCGCCGCUGUCCUUCGGUUCACGAUUUUGGCGAUUGGGCCAAAAUGAAAGACCGCAUGGAUUACCUCAAACGCAAGUACAGGGAAUGCCUCAAAAAUAAGAAGACUGGGUCCACACCGAGUCGGUGUCCCUAUUAUGAGGAAUUGGACGCAGUUUUGGGGUGCAGACCCAUGAACAACCCAGGGGAUCAUCGACUGGACAGGGGGAGUUCAGAAGAGGAGGAGAAUGAGGAGUCUUACAGUAGAGGACAAGAGGUGACGGACAUUGCCCAAUAUUGUCUGUGUUCAGCUGGUGAGUCACCAAGUGGGCAUCAACUGGGUGAAGAUGGUACAGAGGGGGUGGAGGAUGAGGUGGCAGAGGAUGAGCCAGCGGUGGAUGAGCCUUCAAUUGCUGAACCUGAUCCUCAAGCACAGCGCCGAAGAAAGGGCCGUAAAACUCAAAUGAUGGAGGCCCUUGAGAAGGGGUUGGACCGGCUGUGUCAACAUGACUAUGCCUAUGAGCGAGAGCGCCUGGAAUGGGAGGAGGUGGUGGAAAGGAAGCGGAUGGAACUAGAAAACAAAAGGUUAGAAUUUGAAAUGAAGCGUAUGGAAGCUGAUGAACAUAGAUCUAGGGAUAACAGAGACCUCAUGGCCCAACUUUUCCAGUGCAUCAGGCCCCCAGCCCCCUUCUCUUACAUGGCACCACAUAUGGCACCUCACCCAUUUCCACCACCCCACCAAGGCACAUCUACGGAGUGCUAUCCUACAGCCCCUGAACCCCCCUGCUCCAGCAGCACACCAGGUCCAAUAUUAUGACUCCCCCUAGAGACGGAUACAUAGGGUUUCUCUGCACCUCCUUCACCUAUUCUAUCAGGUUUUAGGCAGUCAUUUGUUUAUUUUUGUUCUUGUGUUUUAAAUGAAUCCUUUUGCACAUUUGAAGUCUGUUUAUAAGACAAGUGAGCCUUUUCCAUACAUAUCUUUGUAUUUUUCUAUUUUAUACUUGUCAAUGUUGACAGCAUAUUUAAUUUGCACUUAAUGUGUAAAAGACAAGUGAACCCAAGCCUUUUCUUUAUACAU